UACCCUACCCAUUAAACCCAAAUCCAACCCGCACGGCCCUUUUCUCUCUUCACCCGCGACCACCAGCCUCCUCCACCUUCGAUUCGACAGCCACCACAGCCACCGCGACACUCCGUCGUCUAACUAUAAGCCGCCGGCGUCGUCCUUCGUCCGGAGACCCAGAAGCCGCCGCGUACCACCACCAUCUCCCAGUCGACGCGCGCCUCCGACAACCACAGCCCGAAUCGACGCCGCGAUCCGCCGCCUCUCCUCCCCUGCGACCUACGGCGUCGAGCCCCCCUCCCCCUCAGCCGUCCAGUGUUCCUCUUUUAACCGCCGUCCGUCCGUCGCUCUGCCGAUUAAAUCGCCGACAGCCGACUUCGACGUAAAACAACCUCGCCGACGACGCCAGCUCCAGCCGCCGAUCCUCACACCAGCCCAUCACCCUUCCAUUGGUGACAGAUAGCAAUGGCGGAUUUCACAACAUCAACUCAUAAAGCAAAGUGGAUAUUUACUCCUCAUGAUCUUAAAGAGAAAUAUAAGGAAGCUAAUAAAAGAGCCAAGCAAGCACUUGAGAGGUAUGGAGCAACAAGGAUGGAAGUAGAUAUAGAUGGUUCCUUCACUUAUAUUGAACCGCAAAAUGACAUGAAAGAUGUAGCAGAUAAGCAUUCACGCCCCAAAGCACUCAAGACUGAAGAGGAGCAACUUUUGCGGGCUUUCUAUGAGUUCAAGAUUCAGGAUGUUUGUGAUGCCUUCAAGUUCCCACGCAAGAUUCAGGCAACUGCUCUUAUAUACUUUAAAAGGUUUUAUUUGCAAUGGUCUGUGAUGGAACAUCAUCCAAAGAAUAUCAUGUUAACAUGCAUAUAUGCUGCUUGUAAGGCAGAGGAAAACCAUGUCUCAGCAGAGGAGCUUGGAAAAGGAAUUGAGCAGGAUCAUUCGAUGAUCCUCAAUAAUGAAAUGCUAGUUCUUCAGUCUCUUGGAUUUGACCUUAUUGUGUAUGCACCAUAUCGGGCACUUGAAGGCUUUACAAUUGAUGUGGAGGAAUUCUAUGAUGGAAAAAUGGGGCAGUCUGAAAUAAUAAAGAAUUUACAGGAAUCUGCAAAAGCUGAAGUUGAUAAAAUUAUGCGAACAGAUGCUCCCCUACUAUUUCCCCCUGGGCAGUUGGCAUUGGCAGCUUUACGCAGAUCAUGCCAGCUUCACAAAGCUAUUGACUUCGACAGAUACCUUAAAAACAUGCUGUCCACACAACAUUCUGGUCAUGGCAGCUCGGAACUGAGUGUUGCCUUGAAUGCAAUUGAUGUGCUGAUAAAUAAGCUUGAGACGCCUACUUCGAAAGACGUGAAGCAUAUUGAUAGGAAGCUUAAAUCGUGUUUGGAUCCAACUUCACACGACAAGAGUAAAAAGCGAAAGCACAGAUCGAAGGAUGGGUCAGCAGGUGAAAUGCAAGACAUGUGUUGAUGGUUGAUUAUCUAGACAUGAAGAAGAAGAAGAAGUAUGGCAGCGCUAACUGGUAUAACUUAUGCUUACUUGAGUUGAGUUGAGGUCCUGGUUUGUCUAGGUUAGGUUCAAGCCAUUGAUGAGGGCUGUUGAAGCUCAUAGUUGUUUAAGUAUACACAAAAUACUGCAAGUCAUGUCAUGUUAGAUGAUGAUGCAUUCAAAAGUAUAUACGCUCGAGCAUAAGCUGGGCCCAUGCUACAAUUUUCA